AUGCCAAGAUCACAAGAAGUUCGGAAAGAGCAAGCCAAAUUCUUGAAGACACACCCAGACCCUCGUCCGUUGAACUUCUUUGUGGAGUUCAGAUACCGAAAAAGGGUAUCUGGCUAUAAUGAUUAUAGUUUAUGUUUGAACAACGCAUUAAAAGCUGCUCCUGAAUCGGAAAAGCUGUUGAAUUUACGAAAAAAAUUUAAUGGUACAGACUAUAAUAACGACUGGAAACAAUAUGAGGAUUGGAAGGAGAAUGAAAAAGUCAAUGACAAGAUAAAAAAAAGAAAACGGGAGACACAUGCUUCGUUUCAUAAACUAUUAGACGAUGGUAUCGGUGGAAAAUCGGUUCAUGAUCAGAAGAGAAAACAAACCAACGAAAACCCGACUAGUAACACCAAUUAUAAGGAGAACGAGGACAUCUGUAUUGAGGAUGUGGAUAAUAAUGAAAAUGAAGUGGGAGAAUUUAAUAAGGCAAUAGUAGAUGUCUUAGGGAAUGCCAUUGAAUACUCGGAAUUAGCGGAAAAAAUUUGUUCGAUUUAUGCGAAACAAUAUUCUGAUGGAGAUUUGAUCGACCUUCGCUCAUGUUCAUCUUUCUUCAAAAUACUUCCAAAAUCGAUAGCAAAGUCAUACCUAUCAGAAAUGGACACUAUAACGGAAUCGUUAAUUCCUGAUGAUGUGCACCAAUUCCUAGUAAAAUUCUUCUCUCAAAAUAUUUCUGAUAACGAUUGGCAAACUAAAGUUGAUGAUUUACGAUCCUCAGAGCAAAACUAUCUAAUUACUGCACUAGUACGAAUUUUACGUCGUACAUUACCACAGUUCGUGAAAGCGUUUUCACUUGGAGCCCAAAACCCUCUUCAAAACAUUGCAACAAUCGAGCAAGCGCACCUUAAUGCGUUUGUACAUCCAUGCCUAGAUAGUGCUUUAUGGAACGUAGCAAAAAUACAUUACGAGUAUGGCGAAAUUCCCUCGAAAAAUCAUAUUAAUAAGGAGCGUGCAGAUGGUGUUGGUUUUAUGACCACCGCUGAUAAAUUCCAAAUUGUAUAUGUGGAAGGCUCCAAGCCAGUUGCGAAGCAAGAUAAAGAAAUCGCUGAUGCUAAAAAAAUUUCCCGCAAUCUGAAAAAUAUUUUUUCAAAAAUUGUAAAAGAAGUAAUCAAAAAUCGUAGGCGGUUACCAAAGAGGCUGUUCAUAUUUGGCGCACAGAGUUUUCAACUACGUCUUCAUUUAUAUUAUCUUGAUUACUGUGGAAAUUUUCGACUAAAUGAGGUUGAUAACGCCAACUUACCACGGGAUUUUUCGGAGAUGCAGGAUUUCGUAUAUUUUUACGAAUGUAUAUUGAAAUGGGCGUUGUUAGUUCAGAACGUAACAAAAUCCUUUGACGAUGCAAGAUCCGAAAAGAGACCCUCCCGGCUCUCAUAUGCGAAUUCCCUUCUUCAACUAGAUGAAUAA